CAUUACUGUGGGGAUAUUAUGGUCACUUGAGCAGGUCGUUUGAAGCCUUUUAAUUAUAUUGCCUUUUGAAACGACGAAAGAAGUGACUUUUUUUCCACGAAAUAUGAGGCACCUAGAGCGAAAUACUACACAUCGCCGGAGAGUCAUAGAUCGAUUCCCAGAUAUACGAGCGGCAGGGAAAGCGUUACCCACUGAAGACAGAUCACAGGGUUUUCUACAGGAGGUCACACCCAGGCCUGUCACUCCACCAGUGAUCAAGAAGUUUCUGAACACGACGCGUCCAGAACCGGGAAAGAUCCGCGUUUUUUAUGGGAAGGCUGACGAUCCUGAUGUUGCCAGCGCUCUGAUCCAUGGCUUGCGAACAAAGGGCUCCACACCAGGGGGAUUAGUAAUUAACCCAAAACCAAAGACCCUCUAUCAACAGAAAUGGCAGCAGCUACAGGAAGCUGUCUAUUUUAGCAGCAAAAAUGCUCCACUCGAGAGAUCGCAUGACCAGAGUGCUGGGCUGCCUAAAGGGCUGGACACUGAGAGAACUACAUUUGGUGUAAAGUCUGUCCAAUUUAUAAAUGCAGGUGAGAUUGUUAAUCCCACAAAGACUGUGGAGCAGGUAGAGAAAGAAGCUGAAGAAGGUCACCAGCUCUACAUCAAGUCUCACAAUGCUUAUUUUGUCGGUGAGCGUGUUGACAGAAAGUACAACUGGAGCCGCAUUGGGAAGGACCAUCGUUUUGGGGUUCCUACUCCCAACUACAGUGACGGACGGAAGGCGGCCGGGUCUCUACAGUGGCUGCAAAGUGAUGGGAAGUUGGUGUCAAAGCAAUGCGAUGACUUCAGAGAGAGGACACAGCCACAGAUUGGAAAAGUCCAUGACCCAAUUGCUGACACUAUGAACGUUCCAGAAAAUCACACGUUCGGAAUUUUGUUUCGGACUGACGGAUUUGGUGUUGGCGACCUCCUGAAUUCACCGUUGACAGCGGAUUACACGAGUGACCCCGAUAAAUGGUGGUCCCUGGUCACCGCUGUCCGCCAAGAUCUGAAGAAGGCCAACUUCAACAAGUUCAGCGCCCUGCUGCAGACCUUCAGUCGUUAUGACAAGUCGGGCCAGGGCUUCAUCGACAAGAAAGACCUGCACAAUGUUUGUCUCCAGUUUAACCUUGACCUCAACACGCCAGUUCUCGAGAGCCUAGUGGAGUUCUGCGAGGACAGUAAAGACGGGCAAAUAAACUUCAUGGAAUUUACAAACGUCCUCAACUGGAAGAAAGAGAUACCGGCUGAGCUGGUGGAGCAGAUUCGCGCCAAAGCUGCAGCCACGGGUGACACGGAGGUCUCCCUCGAAGCGUUGGGUGAACCGCGCAAGUUGGAGCACCCGAAGCCAGUGGAUGUGGCCAGUGGACCGAAGGCGACCAGGAUUCUUCCCCAGCCCAAAACAGCAGUGCACCAUGCUGUUACAUCCUCACCGUUGAUACAGGGUGUCGUGGGUGGGCCUUCCACUGCUAGCUACUUUUCAUGUUCUUCUUUAGAUGUCCGCACCUAUGGGAUCCCCACCGUACGCACGGAUUUGACAGCCCCGCAAAUAAAGCGCAUUGGCGACUGGACGAACUACGGGGACCAGUCGACAGCUUACGGUUUGCUGUACCCCACACGGUCCUCCUUGAAAGGAGUCUACGAGGAGCACUACCUUGCCUCCCGCACCAGAGAGGAGAUUGCUCAGAUUUUCCGCAGUGCAGAUGUUACCAUUCACGAUGAAUUGUUUGAGGAGGCGUGGAAGCUGGCGUCCAUGAGACACCCAAAAGGAGAAGUUUGUGUGGAGAGCUUCAGGAAUGCCCUAAAGGAAAUUCAAGCGUAUUAAACAUUUCUUCUUUUGUUAAACAUUGUAUGAACUUCUUAAAGCUUUAUUAA